GAACGAGUGACUGAGGCGACGAGGCGGAGCUGAAGGGCGGCGGGAUGAGAUCGUAGCGCGGCUUUGCUCCAGGAGCCUCAGGCCCCGAUGUUUGUGUGUGUGUGUAUGGCGUGCACUCCCCCCGUAGAAUCUGCCUCACAACAGCCCCGCAGGAUAGGCCGCGGCCAAGACGGCGCUUUCCAAGGAUGAUGGUAGUAGUCGCAACUUGAGGAGGGGUGCGAAAGAAGUAUCGCCUGAGGGAUGACCCAAACAGGAAUCAUCAGCCCUGAAGGUCCCUGCAUUUGAAGGCCCUGGGCAGCUGUGGAGAUCCUUCCCUUGCGCGACGUAACUAGCUGACUGCCACCAUGUGGAAACAACCAGUUCUCGUGGAAUCACUGGUGGUGUUUGCCAUCGUGCUUUGUGUGCACAGCGUGGUCUGGGACCGCUUCUCGUGGUCCGCUCUUGUCCUCGCCGUCCAAGCUUUUUACAUCCAGUUUAAGUGGGACCAUCUUCUUCGACUGGGUGGGGCUGUAUUCCAGUUCCGGACCACGGCCAACAGCGGCCUCCUCCCUUCCUGCAUGGUUAUCCCUCUGUUGGGCAUCGUGAUGAAGGAAAGAUGUCGAGUGGCUGGCAUUGUGUACUUCGAACGCCUGGGCAUUAUCGUGGCCUCCACCGGCAUGAUGAUCACCCUCUUCUUGUCAGUGAUCGCCUUGGGUAUUACCAAGCCCGUGCCAACCAAUACCUGUGUGCUCUCCGGGGUUGCUGGGACGCUGAUCAUCUACACCAUGAAGCAUUCCUUGACCGUCUCCGAAGUGAUCGAAGUGCUGGAGGUGCUGCUCAUUUUUGUCUACCUCAGCAUGAUCCUGCUGUACCUGUUGCCUCGGUGCUUCACCCCCGGGGAGGCCCUGCUGAUCCUCGCCGGCCUCAGUUUCGUCCUCAACCAGCUCAUCAAGCGCUCUCUGAACGUCAGCGAGAACCGAGGGAGUCCCGUGGACUUCUUCCUCCUGGUGGUGAUGGUGGGAGUGGUCCUGUUGGGCCUCUCCUUCGCGCUACUGUUUUUCUUCAUGGAUUCCACCACCUGGACCUCCUCCAUGUUUUUCCACAUGAUGACAGCCGUCCUGAGCCUUGGCGUGGUCAUGCCGUGGCUCUACCGUCUGAUCCGCAGGAAUCCCUUGACGUGGCUCUUCCAGCUGCUCUCCCAAACCCAGAUCAGAAUCCACCUGCUCUCCUACUGGACCCUCCUGGCUGCUCUGGCGUGUGCGAUAGUCCUCUAUCAAAACAUCAAGCGGUCCUCUGGUUCUAAAAAACACCAAGCUUCAACCGUCACCCGGAAGUACUUCCAUUUCAUCGUGGUGGCCACUUAUGUCCCAGGGCUGAUCUAUGACCGCCAGCUGCUGUACGUAGCGUCCGUGAUCUGCCUGGCCGUCUUCAUCCUGCUGGAAUACAUCCGGUACUUCACCAUCAAGCCCUUCGGACAGACGCUCAGGCAGCUGCUCUCACUGUUCUUGGACGAGCGGGACAGCGGCCCUUUGAUCUUAACUCACAUCUACCUCCUGCUUGGGAUGUCCUUCCCGGUGUGGCUGGCACCGAGGCCGUGUGCCCCCAAGGGUGCCUUGACUGGGGCAGGAGCCUUGGCGCCCUACUCUGGGGUCCUGGCUGUGGGUGUGGGGGACUCAGUGGCCUCUAUCUUUGGGAGCACGAUGGGGGAAGUCAAGUGGCCGGGAACCAAGAAAACUUUUGAAGGAACCAUGUCGGCUAUAUUUGCUCAAAUUAUUGCGGUUGCCCUGAUUGUGAUUUUUGACAGUUCUGUGGACCUGAACGCCAGCUACUCCUGGAUCUUGUUCUCGAUUAGCCUGGUGUCGUUUUUAGAAGCCUACACCACCCAGGUGGACAAUUUACUAUUGCCCCUCUACCUCCACAUCCUGCUAAUGCUUUAGGUACCCCUGAAGGGCGUAAAGUUUCUCCUCUGGAGCGUAAGCAGAUACACCCAUACGGUGUUUCUUUGGUGUCUUUGGCUCAGGGUGGCAAAAAGGAACACCACGGCUCAUCCCUGUAAGUGAUUAUUGCACAUUCACUAUUUAAAGCUGAAAUAUAAUGAGGCUGUUCUUUGUGGUCUAUUUUUUUGAUGGCUCCUGCAGCAUAAUACGCUACAAGGAUUUUCUAACUGGCUGGCAAUCCUCCAAGGAGUUGCUUUGUUGUUUUUUUUAAAGCAAGUUAUAGGAUGGGUUUGCUCAAGCAGUCAAAGGGCUGGACGGGAAGCCAGCAGACCCUGAGUUCUAAUCCUGCUUUAGGCAUGGAACCCAACACAGUCCCAUCUAUUCCAAGGAUCUUGUAGACGACGGCAGAGCCUGAACAUCAUGAAGAGGCAAGGUUUGGGGGAAUCUUUCUCCAGCUAGCUGAAACUGCAAACUUAGAUCAUCUUCUCCUAACCCCAACUGGAAAUUACAAAAAAAUCAAAGAUAAUUCUAAAAGGGUGAGAUAUAAAUCUAUUCCACACUUCUGAACUCUCAGAUACUCUAACAAAAGUCUCAUCCACAGCACUUAAAAUAGUUGGAAUUCCAGUCCACAUUUUAUUGCAUUUCUAACUCGCCUCUCCUCUCAGAAGCCAGGAGCAGUGCUUGUUCCCUGCAUGCCUCCUUUCCCGUCACAACGUCCCUGUGCCGGAUCAUUGCUGAGCAAGAACAGUCCGACUUUCCUUGGUCACGAACUGAUGCUUUAAUUCCACACCCAUGCUCUCCUGAGCAGACUCAGCGGAUUCAGAGAUGAAAUUCCCCAGUUACAGAUGCAGAGCCGAAGAUCAGCCCCCGCCGGUUCCCCGAGAGGGGUGGGGGUCCCAAAAGAGAGAUUCUGCGGAUUUAGUUGCACGUGUAGAGCGAUGGGAAAGGCAGCUCCAGA